AGGCAGGAGGACAUUGGAGGCUGUUGCUUAGGUAGAUAGGUAGGUACCUACCUAAUGGAGGGGUAGCCUUUUAAACGUGCAUGAUCCAACCACUCACAAUUAACCAUACCUCAGCGAUAAAAAAGUUGGUGGUCUAUCCUGCCAAACCCAACGACAAAGAAAGGGACGGGAGUAAAUAUGGCUGGUUGGUACCCUGAAGCAAUCUAUUCUCUACAGCACAAACAAAUAUUUUACAACCUCCGGGACCAGAUAUCUGUACAUCCUCUUAGAUACCUGAGUGAUUUCGUCCUACCUCCUAGGUUGUUAAGCCCCACCUUUCCACCAUACAUUUUGGACCUUAUUUCAACUUCCUCGAGUACCAGGGCGUGCGAUCUUUAGAUAACCUAGAAGAUCGGCCUUCCACCUUGCAACGAGUAUCGCGACACUGAGAUACUGUCAGUCAGAAUGUCUACUCGGCAGCUACGCAAACUCCGAAAACAGCAGGAGCUCCAGACCCUACAGGGGGCGAGUCACGAUGACAAGGUCAGCAGCGAUGACGAUCACGACAAACCAGUGCGUGUCAAGCCAAGCGCCAAUGUCUUCUCCGCAUUUGCCGCCCUCGGAGGAGGAGGAGAAGAUGAAGAAGAUGAACAAGAAGAAGGCAGUCAUGAUCAGACCCAGGGGGAAGCGCAUGCUGAGAAGUUAGAGGAGCCAAGGGUCGAGACACCAACCUCCGGAAAAAAGAGCAAAAGGUCGAAGAAAAAGAAUCGGAAGAAGACCCAAAUCCCAACAGAGACCGAGCCACUGAGUCAAGCCGAGGGCGACAUCGACGAGAUAGAUCGGGCCAUCCAAGAGCUCAGCCUAGAGCGGUCAAGCCAGCCCCAACCAGCCGAUGAACACAAUGCCGCCCUCGUCGAGUCUUCUCAACGGCUCUCUGCGCUUCUGAGGAUCAAUUUCCAACACUUGAAGGUCAUAAACGAGAUGCGUCGGGUAUUCGGAAAAGAGGCAAUAGAGGCAGCGCAAGCUGAAGAGGAGUCUGAGGCGAAUACACGUCGAAGUCAACGGGCUCGACAGGGGCAACAGCAGGUGGACCUCGAAACCUUCUUGAGAGGCAUCCCGGGCAAGGGCAUAUCCGAAGUGCUUCUGCGGAGGAAUCCUUUCAUAGAUGGACGGAGCCACUGGCCGCGCGCCUCGGCCGGGGGGCUGACCAUGACUACGACAGGGAAUCCCAACGGUGACUGCGUAGAGUUUUCCUUCUCGCACGACAGCGCCUACGAUAUCUUAGAAGCCAAGUUCUUCGGCCUCGUCCAGAUGUACGACCCCAUGCAGCUUGUCUACUUCCUCAAUCAGAACCCAUACCAUAUCUCUACCCUCAUCCAAGUCAGCAAGGUCGCCAAGCAAGACCAGAACUCGGCCUUGUCCGCCGAGCUCUGCGAACGGGCUCUUUUCAGCCUGGGCAGGGUAACUUUGUCCCCGUUUCGGAAGAAGCUGGAGCAAGGGAAGGCGAGGAUGGACUUCCAUCGCCCGGAGAACAGGCAGUUCUGGCUGGCAGGGCAUAACUACAUCAAAACCCUGGUUAUGAAAGGAACCUAUCGAACUGCCCUGGAGUGGACGAAGCUUUUCUUGGGUAUUUCUCCGGAUGACCCGUAUGGGAUGAUCAAUUGGAUCCACGUCUUGGCGAUCAGGACUCACGAGGCUCAAUGGUUCAUCGACCUGUGCGAUACCGAGCUUCUGGGCGAGAAGGAGAAUCAGAUCCAGACAGGGGUUUAUAUCAAACAAACACUAGUUCUGGCAAAGCUGCAACGAGGCGACACGUCCGGCGCCGAGGCCGCUCUUAUCCAAGGGAUGGAACAGCUUCCAUGGCUAUACGAGGCUCUCUUUAGCGCAUUGAACCUAGACACGCCGCCGUCUGUAUGGGGAGUCCAGCCCCGGGGAGCCGACGAGACACUGCACACACAGUUAUACAUCCACAUGGCGAAAGAUCUGUGGAAUAACGCGCAGGCGACGGCCUUGCUCUUCAAGGCAGGAGGCGCUGCUCGAAAGGUUGAUGCCAGCGCCCUCCCGCCCGCGCCGCUCGUGACGCUGGAGACCGCCCGGUUCAUCUACCUCGACAAUACGCCGGCAUUGAUGGCCCUAGUGCCGCAUGGCUUACUGCAUGCGACUCCGAAUUUCGACUUCGAUCCACUGCCCCCGCCGAAGGAGGAAAACAUCUUCUCCUCUCGUAGCCAAGAGCUGCCGUGGAUUUCCACCGCCCAAGGCGGUGGCUUCGCUACUAGAUUCGGCCUGAUGGAUAUGGAGCCAAUGCCCGGACAAAUACCGGAUGAUCAACUGCGGGAAUUGGAGCAGGUUGUGAACGACGAGAACGUGCCUGAGGACGCGCGAGGUGUGCUGCGCAGAUUACUCGACUUGUUCGUGCCUUCUGGAGCGGAAGCUGCCAAUAAUGAGAGCGAUUCGGACGACCCAACCCCCAGAUUACCAGGGGCUUGGGACUUUGACGACGUGGACCUGUGGGGCUUAGAGGAGGAUUUUGAGGGAGAGGACGACUUUGGCGACAUGCCAGAGCUGGAAGGGGAGGAGGAUGACUUUGGCGACACGGCGGACGACGAUGGUAUACACCGACAGGCGUCUCCCCAGGGGCGAGGCCAGGAUUGAUGGGGGAUGGUGGCGAUCUACCUUCUCUUCAGCCAAUGGCGUGGAAGUAUAGAUGUCGGCAAGUGCGGCGUGCCUGCAGCUGCAUGGUGACGGACA